AGAGAUGUAAAAAGUAGGAUCUUUUAUCGCGCGGACAACAACAACAACAACAACUUUGAAAAGACAACAAAAACAAACCAUGUCUUCUCGAAAGACGGGUGUCGUGUGUGCCGUUACGGGUUGCCAUAACAACUGGUACAAGCGAAAGUCUUUCCUGGAGCAGCAGUGUUACGACCACCGGCCGCAAACGCGACGAAAGUGUGGAUGUAAAGCCCCGUACGAACUUUAUCCUCCGCCGAAGAACGCGGCGACGCUGCGCCUGUGGCUGAAGGCGCUGAAUCUGAAGAAGCCGCCGAAGCGUCCGUACGUGUGCUCGUUUCACUUUGUAGAGAACAAACCCACGGAAGAUCAUCCUGUACCGGAGAAAUGGCUCGGAUAUGAAACAACGCAGGUGGUUGCCUUAGCGAUGGAUGGGGAGUCGGAACCAAACCCCGCUGUAUCGGAAGAGGCAGGGGAGCAGGUGGAACCCAUGGAUGCCACUCCCUCCCCCCAGCAGCAGACCACGCCCCCCUCAGAGGAGGCUGGGGAGGCAGUUUCCAUGGAAACAGAAGAUGGAGCCACAAAGGAGGGCGGCUCGGAGGACAAUGAUGAUGAUGUGGUUCUUGUAGGGGAGGAGGCUCCCCAGCCUUCUGCCACAAACCUCUCCCAGGACUUGGGCAGCGCAGACUGCCUGGAGCCGCUCACGGAUGUCGCACCCCUCGACAUGUCCACAGCGGCACCGCUCUCCGCAAGCCCCAGCCCUCCCGCGUCUUCCUGCGCGUCCACGGUGGAGACGCCCCCGAAACCUCCAGCCACAGUGGUGGAGCCCAUCGUCAUUGACGAUGAGGAGGACCCCGAGCAGAGAGAUGCCUCCCCCUCCUCUCCGGCGCCCCCCGAAGGCUCCCCCGCGCCGCUCUCGCCAAGCGUGCUCAGCAGCACUGAGCCAGAUUCGGAGAUCAGGAUCGCCAGCGUCACCACGCUGGGCUCCGAUGGCCAGAAAGGAGACGGGUCUGCCCCAAACACUCCGCCACAUCCAGUGGAUGUCCAGGAGGACAUGAACCUCAUGAUAACCUCGGUGACGUCGCUGCAGGGAGACGCGACGUCCUUCACAGUGACAGGUGAAGGCCAGGCAGAAGAGAACGGCCUGCAGAUAAGCAACACCUUCAGCCUGAAUCCCGACACCCCAUCUGGUCGACCGCCAGCCUCCUUCAACCCUGGGCGGGGCUCGGGCCCCAUGGGCCAGCUGGUACAGAAUGGAGAUACGGGGACUCACAACAGAGCAGAUUCGUGGAUCUCCCAGUCGGCCUCAGUCCCCCGCAACCAAAAACAGAUAGGCGUGGAUUCUCCGUCGCCCGCUUCGUCGCUACCCAAACCUCCAGGCCAGUCUUCCUCAUCCACAUCAUCCUCAGGCUCCCAGCCUCAGCCCAGGACGGUCAAGGUGACGUGCGCCAACUGCAAGAAGCCUUUGAAGAAGGGCCAGACGGCGUACCAGCGCAAGGGCUCCACACACCUGUUCUGCUCCACCACCUGUCUCUCUGCCUUCUCACACAAACCCGCCCCCAAGAAGAGCUGCACCAUGUGCAAAAAGGACAUCACGAACAUGAAGGGUACUAUCGUGGCCCAGGUGGACUCCAGCGAGGCCUUCCAGGAGUUCUGCAGCACGGGCUGCCUGGGCGCGUACGAGAACAAGCAGAACCCGUCCAAAUCAGGCCUUAAAACCAAAUGUACUGUCUGCGGGAAACUCACAGAGGUGCUGCUGCAGCCGUCACCUAGCAACCAAGACGAUCUGCGUUUGAGAAUCCGGCACGAGGUUAGCUUUAAGACGGUGACCCACAAGAUCUGCAGCGACACGUGUUUCAACGUUUACCGCCGCGCCAACGGGCUGAUCAUGAACUGCUGCGAACAGUGCGGCGACUACCUGCCCAGCCGAGCGUCGGCCAACCACUUUCUCCUCGUCGACGGACAACAGAAGAGAUUCUGCUGCCACACCUGCAUCAGGGAGUUCAAGCAGGCUCACAGUAAACUUGCGACCUGCACGUCCUGCAAAACGCUGAUCAAGACGGGCGAGGUUCUCCACAGCAUCGGCGCGAGCGGCACCAUGGGCGCGUACUGCUCCAUCAACUGCAUGAACAAGGUCAAAGUGACGUCCAGCUCCUUCAUCACAGAUGCAGAGCCCUCGUGUCACUUCUGUAAAAGGAACUCAUUACCGCAGUAUCAGGCCACGCUGCCAGAGGGAAACAUCCUCAACUUCUGCAGCUCGCAGUGUGUCACCAAGUUCCAGAAUGCUACUCUUCAAACGACCACUAACGGUCAGACGCCCGUGUCCACGACGAACACCACGGUCCAGCUGAAAUGUAACUACUGUCGAGCGACGUUCAGUCUGAAGCCUGAAACUCUGGAUUGGGAGGACAAAGUCUACCAGUUCUGCAGUAAGACGUGCUGCGAGGACUACAAGAAGCUCCACUGCAUCGUCACGUUCUGCGAGUACUGCCAAGAGGAGAAGACGCUACACGAGACAGUCAAGUUCUCCGGAGUCAAGAAGCCUUUCUGCAGCGAAGGCUGUAAACUUUUAUACAAGCAGGAUUUCAUCAAGCGUCUGGGUCUGAAGUGCGUCAGCUGCAACCACUGCAGUCAGCUCUGCAAGAGAGCCGUGACUCGGCAGCUCGGCGGCAUGACGCGGGACUUCUGCGGCGAGGCGUGUGCCAAGAAGUUCCACGACUGGUACUACAAGGCGGCGCGGUGCGACUGCUGUAAGGUGCAGGGACACCUGACGGAGUCGGUGAUGUGGAGAAUGGAGGUGAAGCAGUUCUGUGACCAGGAGUGUUUGCUGAAGUUCUACCUGCAGCAGAACGAGCCCAUCAUGGUCACGCAGAAAGGCCCCGAGAACUCCAGCCUGGGCCUCGACGUGCAAGGAACCAAACUUGGGCUGGUGAACCAGGGCACUAUGGCGUACACCGGCAGUCGAGGUCUGAUGAGAGACGUCAAGAACAAGGCGGUGCUCUGCAAACCGCUCACGCUCACCAAGGCCACGUACUGCAAGCCGCACAUGCAGAGCAAACACUUACAGACAGAUGUAGACGAUGGUGUGAAGAGGGAGUAUAUUCCUGUACCUAUACCUGUGCCUGUCUUCAUCCCCGUACCCAUGUGCAUGUAUUCCCAGGUCACUCCCACUCCACUCUCUCUGCCCAUACCGAUUCCUGUGCCUGUCUUCCUGCCCACCACCCUCCAGGGGGCGGAGCAGAUCAUCCAGACCAUCAAUGAACUGAAAAACAAGGCGGCGACCUCUGAACCUGUAGAGGCCGACGUGACCCCUGUGGCUGAGGAGAAGGUCACAGAGGACCAGAAACCAGAUCCGAAGCUGGUGAAGGUGAAGAGGGAGCGUGAGGAGGAGGAGGAGGAGGGUGAGUCGUCCACAGGCAGCAGCAGCUCUGAUAAGGAAGAAGAGGAGGAGAAGGAAGAGGAGGAGGAGGAGGAAGAUGACAAGUAUGAGCCAGACCUGGAUCUGGAGGCCGACUUCCCUCAAGACUCAGACCCUGUUCCUGCUCUAGAGGGAACGGACGAGGACAUGGGUUUGUCUCUACCUCCAGUCCUGACAGAGGAGAAGAUGGAGGAAGAGGAGAAGACAGAGAAGGAAGAGGAGAAGACGGAGAAGGAAGAGGAGGAGGAGGAGGAGGAGAAGGAGGAGACGCCGCCUCGACCUCAGCCCAGGAGACAAGGAAGUAAGAGGCGGGCGGUGGAGGAGAGCACAGAUGCAGCCACGUCCCCGUCUUCCUCUCAUCCGGCGGGCAGACACUCGGGAGGACGCUCGCUGCCCCUCAAAGCUCGCUACGGCAUCAACGCCUGGAAGCGCUGGGCUCUGUCUCACUCUGAACACACACACGACACCAAAGUUAAAAGCGAGUCCAAACAAAACGUAAAGAAAGCGCGGUCUAAAAGCAACCUCCUGUCGCUGAGUUCAGACGAGCUGAACGCGGCGCUGUCGCGGUUCGUCAGGGAAGUCUGUCGGCCCGGCGGGGAGCGCUACUCUGCAGACAGCAUCCUCUACCUCUGUCUGGGGAUCCAGCAGCAUCUCCACGCCAAAGGCCGCACGGAUGACCUGUUCAGCGACGUGUGCUACCAGCAGUUUGGAGAGGAGCUGAAUAAAGUGUUGAAGGACUGGCAGCCCAGUGUGCUUCCUGAUGGCUCUCUGUGGGCGCGGGUGGAGGAGCGCAGCCUGUGGAGCAGCGGUCAACUCGGCGAGCAGAGUCCCGCGGCUCUGCUGCGCUCGCUCGUUUACCUCAACACCAAACACUUUGGCGCGCGCACCGUGGAGCAGCACCUGCGCCUCUCCUUCGCCAACGUCUACGGCCCCGACACCGUGCAUCCGGUCACCAAGGAGACCGACGUCUGCAUCCGCGUGCCUUCCAUUUCUCAGGAUCAACACGUAGAAACAAAGUCAAAGAAGAGGAAGCGUAAAUCAGACGAGGGAAACCAGGACGACGAUCCAGACGACGACUCGGGAGACGCAGGAGACGCGGUCGCUCGCUGCCCGCUCAACAAACACGAGUGUCGUCUGUACGACCUCUACAGAGCCAAGUGCCCGACGUCUCUGCGGCAGCGUCUAGACGUCUUCUACGUUCAGCCGGAUCGGGCGUCCGGUGCAGACGAGCCGCUGUGGUUCACGUCGCAGCCGCUGGAGCGGCGGAUCCUGGAGAGCCUCCUCACCAGAGUCCUCCUGGUCAGGGACAUUUACACAGACAAGCCACGCCCACAGGAGGAGGAGGGGGAGGAGGAAGAUGACAAGGAGGUGGCGGAGGAGAAGAAGGAGGAAGAGGACGGAGGUGAAGCGUAGCAGCCACUUGGGAUUUUUUUUGUUCGUUAGUAGACCCUGAACAGUCGGCACAGGAGCUUUAGCUGUUAGUUUGUGUGCUCCUCCUCCUCCUCUUCGUCGUCCUCCUUCCUGUCGUAGCACCUCCUCCUCGCUGAGUUUCCUCCUGGUGAGGGAAACGGCAGCGUAGACUGAGUCACACACGGAGGAGAAGGAAGACAAAAACUCUCCAGUCAUGAAAUAGAACGGCACAAAUGUCCUAAUGUGAGGGAGAAGCUGGGAUUAAAUGUGGAAUCUGAUGAGACACAAAUAAAAGGAGGUGAAGCUGUAAUCUGUCGACACUCAAUCCGAGUUUAA